AUGGCGAAGAUGCUGACCAACCUUAGGAGCGAGGUUUCUCGGAGGGGCGUCUUGGGCACCCUCAUGGCUUGGCACCGGGGCUACCUCAGGCCCGGCGUCAAUUCUGUCCUUGUUGGCACUGACGAGCGAGGCAAUCGUUAUUUUGAGGCCACUGAGCUCCCAUUCGGGCAAGACAGAUGGGUGGAGUACUCCACCUCCGAUGACUGGGGCCACGAUUACGAUGCUUCGCAAGUGCCCCCUGCCUGGCAUGCGUGGCUGCACCACGUCCACGACAAGCCAGUGCCGCACCAGGCGGUGUACAGCAAGCCUCACAAGGAGAACAAGACCGGCUCACAGGAGGCCUACCACCCUCACAACUACGUCUAUGGUCCGCGCGUGAAGAGCACGACCGAUCCCAACUGCGAGGAGUGGGACCCCACCCGCCACUCGCCCUUCAAGGAGAACGAGCUCAGGUGA